GAGGCAAGGAAGGAAGGAGCACGACCAUUCCAUCCAACGGCUACCAUUCAUCCAAUCACUCACUAGCCGUUAAUUUCAAAAUAUAUUGAAGAAACAAGAAGCAACGUUCAAAUCCAAACCCACAGACAGACAAUACAUACAUAUCCGCUGUGUGUUUACAUUAUCUCCUCCAAUCCCUUUCUCCCAUACAAUAAAUGCUCUUCGUCUUCUUCUCCUCUGAAUCAUCAUCAUAAGCUUAAUCCCAUUGAUUCAACCAUUGAUUGAGAGGAGAAAGAAAGAAAGAAAGCGAUAGCCAAGGAGAAGGGGAAAGGAAAAGGAAACAUCAGUGGGUUUUCUUUUUGGUGUCUCCCAAGAUUCAUUCAUUCAUUCAUUCAUCCAUCGAUCCAUUUUUGGAGGAGAUUUCUUCGUCUCAUUUAGUGUUUUUUUUUUUUUUUUUUUGAAACAAUAAUAAUAAUAAUAAUAAUAAUAAUAAUCUUCGAUCGAAGAGGAGGUUUUGUCGAUUACACACACUCAUAUUUCUUUCUGCACCAGUAACAACAAUACUGAUUUGGGGAAGAUUCGAAUCAAGAUAGAUAUUAUGGAAUCCAUGGAUGAGAAUUUUCCAGGUCUCAUUAGGCCUCCUUCUUCAAACAAUCAAGGGGGAUUGAGGGGUGAAGGAGGAGUAGUUAAAUGUAAUGGUAAUGGCAAUGGUGGAGGCAGUAAGAGAAGAGCAUUAAGUACCAUAGACAUGAACAUCCUAGGAGCCCACCCACCCUACCACUCUAAUAAACGAGGGCAUCACAAUACUGCUGCUGCUGCUGCCUGUAAUAACAAGCCUCCUGUUGCUGUUCCGCCGCGCCGCCCCAUAACCAGGAAGUUUGCUGCACAAUUGGCUGAAGAGAAGGAUAAGAAGCCAUCAAUUCAGAUUAUUGAAUUAUUACAGGAGGAAGAUAACAUCAGGUCAAUUGCUCAUCUGGUUUCGACUUCUAGUCGACAAUCCGAGGAUUGCAUUAUCAUCGAUGCAACAGAUGAUGACCACUCAAAAACAGAACAAAAAAUUGAAGAAGUUGAAAUGGAGGACAUCAUCAACGAGGAGGACGACGAGCCGGUAAUAGACAUCGACGCCGGAUGUAAGAACAAUCCUCUCGCCGUCACAGAGUACAUCGAUGACUUGUACUCUUUUUACAAGAAAACAGAGGGCCUAAGCUGUGUGUCGCCGAGCUAUAUGAUGUCUCGACAAUUCGACAUUAAUGAAAGAAUGCGAGCGAUCCUUGUCGAUUGGCUAAUUGAGGUUCAUUACAAAUUUGAACUGGCGGAGGAGACACUAUAUCUAACGGUCAAUUUGAUCGACCGGUUUCUAUCAGUUCAAUCAGUUGUAAGAAAAAAGCUUCAGCUUGUUGGAGUGACGGCGAUGCUCCUCGCCUGCAAGUACGAAGAAGUUUCGGUCCCUGUUGUCGAGGACUUCAUACUCAUAACCGACAAGGCCUACACCCGAAAAGAAGUUCUUGAAAUGGAGAAGCUGAUGAUCAAUACAUUACAGUUCAAUCUAUCGUUGCCAACGUCGUAUGUGUUCAUGACGCGGUACCUCAGGGCAGCACAGGCGGACAGAAGGAUGGAGGUUUUAUCGUUCUAUGUAAUGGAGCUGUGCCUGGUCGAGUAUGAGAUGUUACGGUUCGCGCCGUCUAUGCUGGCGGCAGGCGCAGUGUUUACAGCGCAAUGCACGUUGAGCGGACAUCGCCAGUGGAGCAAGACGUGCGAGAGAUAUACGGGAUAUACUCAAGAUGAUCUGUUGGAGUGUGCAAAGAUGAUGGUGAGACUCCAUGAAAAGGCAGCAAGUGGGAAGGGAAAUCUAUCUGCUGUGUACAAGAAAUACUCUACUGCAAAAUAUGGCUAUGCAGCUAGGUUUGUUCAGCCUGCUCUGUUUCUCAUUCAAGAAGAAGAAGAUGAAAGAUCAGAUAUGACUAGUCUGAGAUAG